AUGAAGCAUCAGCAAUGGCUGCUUUCCCGCAAUAACCUGUGGGUUCCCAAGCGACCAUCACGUGUCGUCAGCAGCAAACAACCAGGGUCAAUACCGUUAAUCAGCUCCAGGGAUGGACGCUCGAUAUCUUCAAACUCUCAGAACCGAUAUCAUCCCCUGAAACCCCUUCGCGAGGUGAAAAUUGAUGAAUUCCGCAGUAGCUACUUCCACCCAGAACUUCCGGUCCUUCUCCCUCGUCGGCACUUUCGCGAUCUUCCCGCAUGUGAGCGAUGGUUCCAAGCGGUCCCCUCCUCCAACGGCCAUGACCGCAGAUUAAAUACGGCAUAUCUACAAGAGCAUGGCGGGGAUGCAUUCGUUCCUCUCGAGCUCACGCAAUCGCCCGCAGAAAGCAAGGCGCCGGGCGCAACUGUACCUGAAUCGAACGAGCCGAGCUUCCGGCAGUUCCACGCCCCAUUGAGUCUGUUCCUAGAUUGGAUACGCACCGCAGAAUUGCAGUCGCAGGCUACGCGACUCUAUCUGGCGCAAUGCCAGCUACUCGAUCUUCCGCCAGUUCUUCGCGAUGACUUUCCCACCCCCGAACUCGUUCUAAAGGCGGGCAAAGGGGACGUCUACGAUACGAACGUAUGGAUCGGGCACCCGCCUACAUAUACUCCUUUGCACCGCGAUCCGAACCCGAAUCUCUUCGUGCAAAUUGCCGGACACAAGGUCGUGCGACUGUUGGCUCCCGAUGCCGGGCAGAGGGUAUUCGCAUCGGUCAGGCGCCAAUUGGGUCGGAGUGGGGAUCGCGAGGCUGCUGCUUUCCGGGGCGAGGAGAUGAUGCAGGGACAGGAAAGGACUUUGUUGGAGCAGGCCGUUUGGGAUGAUGCAGACUCGGUCGGUACCAAUAAUAUGCUAGAUGAAGGAUACGAAGCUCAUUUGGAAACUGGCGACGGGCUAUUUAUACCAAAGGGAUGGUGGCAUAGCAUCAAGGGCAUUGGAGAGGGCGUCACUGCGUCGGUGAGUUCCAUCUACCCUCUGUUUGAGUGUCCACUGCUCUAA